AUUAAGAACAAAAAUCGCAGCAAGCUGCAUUUUUUUCUUGUCGAGGUUGUCAUUUUACGUUUUUUCUCCAACAAAGCUUGUGGGCUUUCAAUUGUGGACCAUCGAAGGCUUCAGCAGAAUGUCCAACGAAGAAGUUCCGAAAAAAAUCUAUAGAUAUGUUUUCCAAGGAGUGUCAUAUUAUACGCGAGGACAAAAUAGAGCUUGCAAACUCGAAGAAUUGGUGGCAUACGCCUACCUGAAAAACGGACGGGUGCUUCCGACAAACCGCCUGGAAGGCAUCGUGAAGAACGCUCUCGAUGCCUUGCGCGCGACGGGGAUUAUCAAACAAUCCCGAGGUUUCUACCAACUAUCUGCUGAUCUCACCAAUGACCUGCAGGAUACAACAGUGGCUGGCCCAAGUGGAUCAGCAUCCAGACGGGUUCAGCGUAAACCUUCCCGCACAAGGAAGCCACAAUCGACAAACAAGCGAUCCAAGACUCGGAGAGGACCCGUCGACGCCGAAGGAUCUGAUUCGGAAGCAAUAGAUGAUCAGGAUAUGAGUGAUGCAAGCGACGACGAAAACGAACCAGAACGGAGAGUAGAGCAGCGACAGCAUUGUGUUGUGCAUGGUCCGUUUAAGACGGAGAUUACUGAUGAAGCCCCAGUAACACCGUCGAAAUCGGGCGAAAAAUCACUCGAUUCAUCCGGCGAAGCAAACUCGUAAAUAAUGGUUUCCUUGGUUCAAAAUUUGGGGAAGGCGAUAAUAUUUAUUUGUAGUAUUUUAUUAAUAAAACAAUUUGUCGGCAUCACA